AGAGGUGAAGCUUUCUUCAUUUUUGAUUUUAGUUGAAAUUUAUGAAAUUUCAUUGCGCAACGUUUUUAAGAACGGUAUGGACUCACUAAUACCGUCAAUUGUUAUCGACCAUCCGAACGGUUCAGCAAUGGACGCAUGCUUUACAGCAUUCGAUAAAGACGGCGAUGGUCGUUUAGAUUUGGCAGAAUUUACAUUAAUUUGUCGAGCAUUAUUUCGCAAUGAUCGCGGUCAUAUAUAUGAUGUUCCUGCUGAACGCUUAGAACAGAUAUUCUCUGUAUUCGAUACUAACGGUGACGGUUACAUUGACAGGGAUGAGUUCAAAUUUUGUUGGAAUCAAUGGAUAAAAACGAUUGUACGUCCUGUGAACGCGUUCCUCAUUGUUGAUGUACAAAAUGACUUUAUAAGUGGUUCUCUGGAUAUAAGUAAUUGCAGUGCACAGCAGAAAGGACAUGAGAUAUUGGAACCUGUCAACAAUCUCUUAGAUACUGUGGACUUUGAUGCGGUGUUCUAUUCACUGGAUUGGCAUCCCAGUGAUCAUGUAUCCUUUAUAGAUAAUGUUAAAAUGAGACCUUUAGAUGAAACAUCGCCUAUUGAUGCCGAUUCGGCUCAAGUAUUUGAUACUGUCAUCUUUGCUGGCCCUCCUCCCAUGAAGCAACGUCUAUGGCCGCGUCAUUGUGUCCAAGACUCUUGGGGCGCUGAGUUGCAUAAAGAUCUCAAAGUAAUGGAUAAUGGCAUCAAAGUAUAUAAGGGCACUAAUCCGGAAGUGGACUCGUAUUCAGUAUUUUGGGACAAUAAAAAACUUUCUGAUACUACGUUAAAUGCUCAAUUGAAAAUGAAAGGAACUACGGACAUAUAUGUAUGCGGUCUCGCCUAUGACGUAUGCGUGGGAGCAACAGCUGUAGAUGCUCUUUCGGUGGGCUAUCGUACCAUUUUGAUCGAUGAUUGCUGCCGUGGUACCGAUUUCAAAGAUAUUGAAAACACUAAGGAGAAAGUGGUUAGCAGUCAUGGUGUUAUCGUUCAAUCGAAUGAGAUUAAAGCUAUGGCUGAAGGUCGUGAUCGUCGCCCCGAAUUGGGCUAUAAAUUGGCAAUGGAAUUGAAAAAUCCAGAUUCGGUAUUAUCGCAACGCAAUGGCUACCGUGUUGGGGAAUAAAUGAAAAUAAUAUUCUCAUAAAAGAUCUCGUACCCUCGCUCUGUGACAUUUAAAUUAAUAUUUAUUCAAAUUUAUGUUCCACACCGAUUCCAUCAUAUCUAUGUUUCCUUCUGUUCUCAUAUGUCAUAUCUCUUUAGUUAUUUUAUUAGCGGUAUGGUCUGCAUUAAUUUAUGUAACGUUAUAUGAGAAUUUGGGUAAACGCUUAAAUUACAUUUGAAUACAAAAAGCACUUAACACAAUCACUUGACUAAUGAAAUGAUAACAACAAUAAAAACAACAAUAUCAAGACUCAUAAUAAUAAUAAUAAUAAUAAUAAUAAUACAAAAGUGAUUUAAAAAUUAUACCUAAAGCUUACAACAACUUAGUUAUCCGAAAGGCUUUUCUAUUGUAUUGUAAUUUUGGACGCUUCACGAGAGUGCGUCACCAUUCAUAUGCAUGGGAGAUAUAUAUAUAUAUAU